AUGUUCAACCCCCCAUUGAAAAUUCCUGAGUACGCCCCUGUGUAUGAGCUUCUUAAGAUACUAUCAAUACUUCCUGUUUCAACAGCAACUGCAGUGAGAAGUUUUUCAACAUUAAGGAGAUUGAAAAAUUAUCUUCGAAACAUCACAUCUGAAUCACGGCUUGUAGGACUAGCUAUGUUAUCAAUUCAUAGAGAUGUAGAUAUUACUGAUGAUAUGGUACUAGAUAAAUUUUCGAACAGUGGAAAAGCUAGACGACUAAAAUUAACAAUAUGA